AUCACUUGUUAGCAAAACAAAUUUUGUUUGAUAUUCAAAGACACUAGCUUCAAUAUGAGCUAAACAAAACUCACUACUGAGAAGGUAGCGUGAAAUAUAACCGUCAAGAAUUAUCUUCAAUGGUCCAUUUGAGUUAUCUUGAUUGCCGAAGGUUCCAAAUACAUACAUUUGCAUGGCUUCACCCGACAGACAACGUCUUUCCCUCCUCAGUCAAAUGUGAAGGUGAGCCGAGCGAAUCCUGUGACCGAGCUCUGGUUCAUGACAAGAUCAAUUCCCCAGUCAAGAGCUACUUGGCCUAAUGAAGAAAAGGACACCCGACUUGAACUAACGUGGUCCUUGGGAUCACAGGUCUUAGUUGGGGAAUGUCCAGAGAGCUGCAGCAUGCCACGAGCACCCCUCCUGAUUCAAGUCGUACUCUUCACAUUUUUUUGCUCUUAUGCUCAAUGUCUACGAUGUUGGGUGUGCGGCCAAGACGCAUCACCCCAUGAUAGCAAUCCGUAUCCGAAGGCUCAGACCGCGAAAAGAGGCAAAUCCUCGAAUCCUGCCGGGAACGAAUUGCGCAGCUCGUGGUGUUCAACCAGUAUCUCCAACGCAAGCUGCACCCCUGAUUUCUACGCUCAAGAGGUGCAAUGUUACAAAGAACUCUGGACCGUGGACGGCAAAGAAAUGAUCAAACGCGGAUGCGCCCAAAAAGACGCCCGUUAUACGAGAACAGGAUGCGAGGAACAAAUCACAGGGGCCGGUAAUUUUAAGGUUGUUCUCUGCCUGUGCAACGACCACCUUUGUAAUUCGGCCGCCGGUCUGAGCUUUGGUGAAAAUAACCUGAUCCUCAUCGGACAGCUCUGGACAGCGCUCACCUUCAUAUUCGGCAACAAGACAAUCUUUGGUGGUGCGAUUCCUUGGCUCGUUUGAUUACAUUGUUCCUUUUUCUUUGUUUGAAUCAGAGCUUCGAGUCCGGAUACAAAAUGGUAACUGAUCAGUUUCCUGUGGCCAUUAAGAGGUCACACAAUUCCACUAGUUCCUUUUUUUACUUUACAAUUGACUUGUUCAAAGAAAAUUUCCAGAGCGGUACAAUUUGAUACCAUUUCUUGGGGCACAAAAGUCGCACUUAGUGGUACUGCAGUAGGGGCACAUUGGACAUAUACAUUGCACAUCAGCCCGGCCACAAGCAUUGAAGUACUAUAUCAAAGAUGACCAAGGUGACCUUGUGAUCAAAAACCAUUCCUCUCUUUGGUUGGAGAGUGAGAUGUCUUCCGAUAGGUCAAGAAGUGAAAGUUGGGCGGGCGGGUGCGAACUUCCAUCUUGAUCCUGUACUUUGGCUGUUUUUUCUUGCCUUGACUCCACUUCGUGUGUUCGACUCUGGUCGUCCGAUUUGUCACCGCAAUUUCAGUUUGCAGAGGACAUUCGUUCUUAGCUGACGAGAAGACGGACGUCGUCUCUGCAUUUCUCGAUUUCUCAUAUUCUACAUACAUCAUGGUGGCGACCUUACGGUGGAAAUUGAGUUGGCUGACAACUUGUGGGUUCAUCUUGGCUUGGAUACCCAGUGCUCUUGGAAACUCUUUUUCUCCAUUCGUCCCGAUUAUCACGGACGCCCAAUGCUUUGGCCGGACCGUGUUCACCGUUACCUCUGAGACAACCGAGUCAGAAUUUGACAUUUGCAUCGGGGCCCUUGUGGCCGGGGUGAUCAUCUUCAUAUCGGUUUAUCCCUUCAUUGGAUUGCU